AAUGACUUGUUCGACCCAACGCCCGUGAAACGUACUGUCUCCCAGGCCAAGACGGCCUCGCGCGCAGCGAGCCUCCCAGACUCUGUGACCAUUCGCCGCAGAAACGGUCGGAGCAGUGGACCCGUCGAUCAGGGCAACCGCUUCUGGCGGGGAUACGGGCAGCGCCAACACUUCGCACUGAAGUACAACGCGGGCGCGAGCAAGAACACGGAAUGCGCGCACACGCGCCGCACGCCUCACACUGCACGUUUAGCACCGCACCACAGCACCGUAGGCACUGUUCGAACAUUACGUGGCGCGACCCCCAGCCUUCAAGAUCACACAGAGCACCCUUCUAGCAUCCAACCUCUCUUGGGAAUCAGGCGCGCGCCUGGGCCGCGGAGCGGAAGGAAGAGUGGGGAGGGGAGGAAUGAGGAGGUCAGGGCGAGGCAGUCAGAACCAGGGUCGCCUCGGCUGGCGGCGCGCUCUCGGGGGUGCCGGGCACCUUCGACUCCUGCAGGCUGGUGGCGUCCGUGAGGGCGGCGGCGCUCGCGUCCCCCAGCCCCUUCUGGGCACCACCCUGGCCUGCAUCCUCGGGAGCGCGGCGAGCAUGGGCACCUUCUCGUCCUCGCCGACAUCUCCGACGGACCCCGGCCCCUCCCCCCGCUCCACUUCCUCCAGCGGCACGGUCGGCACCGGCGCGGGCGGCUCGCCGCCACGCUGAGGCGACACUGCCCGCGGAUGCCGGGUGCAGGGGAGCACGCGGCGCGCGGAGGCCACCAGAGACUUCAUAGCUCAAGUGCCGGGGACGGCCCCCUCGAGCGGCCCGUGCCAAAACGGCUGCGAGCCAA